AUGUCGCUUGAUUCAUUAGUUAAAACAUUUUUAAUUACUCCUGAAUUAACUAGAAACGCUUUCAUUGAAAAUUUGUCUUUGGUUGAUCUUAACAAUACCUGUAAAGCUUUUCCUCAUAUGUUUUCUCAUUUUAAAGCAAGAAAUCGUACAUUAAGCUUGCCUCUUAUGGAUUAUACUUUUACUAUUAUUAUUAGUAAUUCUAAUGAUUCUCAACAAUAUGGUUAUGAUGGUCAUAGUAGAAUUAUUUUUUUUAAUGAAGUUUCAAUGGAGAAAGAAAUAAGUUAUUUUAAAAAUAUAAGAGAUACAACACCUUUAAUGCAUGAUGUACUUUCAAUAUGUAUUGAGGAUCGAAGAUCUACUAAAUUAUUUCAUGAUGAUAUUGCUUAUGGAGAAAUUAUUGGAAGAUUUAUAAAUGAAUUACUUGAAAUAUUUGAUAAUGCUUCAACAAUAAAUUUUAAAAUAUACAACAAACAAUUUUCUUCUUCAUUACCAUUAUAUGCUAUUGAUAAUAUAACAAAUAUACGAAUUAAGACAAUAACAAAUUUAAAUUUUUCAAAAGCAAUUGAUUAUGUCAAUAACAAUGAUUUAGAAAAUAGAAUUAUGUUUUCAAAUCUUUCUUCAUUAGAACAAAUUACUAUAACAGCUUUGGAAGAUCAUGAAUAUCAAGCUAUCUUAACAUUAGAAGCAUUUUUAGACAAAGCAAAUAUCAAAAAAAAUUUGUGCAUCAAUAUUAGUAAUAUAAAAUUUGGUAAUUCAUUACAAAAAUUAAGUCAUAUCCUUUAUCAAUUAUACACUAAAGGAUCAUGGAUAAAAUUAAAAUUUAACAAUCAAGUUUUUCAACAUCAAUUGCUUGGUUAUGAUGUAUUUAGACAAAUACCAAUAGUUUAUGUUUUUAAAAAAAUAACUGAAAUAAAGUUAAAAAUUAAUGAUUUUCAAAAACUUUCUUGGAUAGUCAAUUAUGGUGUUAAUGUAAAAAGUUUAGCAUUAUAUAUUGAUACAAAUUCAUCUCUUUUUUAUUUACUUAGUGAUAAAUAUCUUUCAAAUAUACAACUUUUAAAAAGUUACUAUCCAUUAAUUAAUUUAACUGGAUCAAAAUCACUUGUUGAGGUUGCAUUUAUAACACAACAAUCAAUUAUUGAUGAUAAACUUUUUAAACCAUUAACUACUUGUUUUAAAUACAUUGUAGAUUAUUUUAUUGAUGCUUUACCAAAAAGAAUAAGAAGAUUAACAUUAUCAGGAGACGACUAUUUAAAUGAAAGUUUACUCAACAAAAUAAAUUAUCAAUUUCCUAAUCUUGAAGUUAUGAUUCUUCGUAAGAUGAUUAUUAAAGAAACUUUAAAUUUGAAAAAAUUUUUAUCAAUGAAAUUUUUAUACUUAUCUUAUGUUAAUUGUUUUAAAAUAGUUGGAAAACUUAAUACUGUUGUAAUAGAACAUGGUGGAAAAUUUGAAAUGGAAAAACCAGAAAAUAUUUCUACAGAAUGGAAUAUGAUUGAAACAGAGUGGGAAUGUGAUUCUACAAGAUUGGGACCAUGUUAUGAUUACUUUCAUUUAGAAAUUAAUUUUGAUAGAUACUUCCAAAUAUAUUCUAAAAAUGUUUCAACGUUAGUUUUCUCUUCAAAUGUAUUUAAGAAACAUAGAGAAAAUAUUAAAUGGAUUGACGAGAGUGGAAAUUACUAUUUACUAUAA